AUGCUUGGUCAUCUUUGGACCAAGCAUCAAAUAGAUAAAGAUCAUCCCGAUAGAACAAGUACUAGACCAAUCAUUAAAGCUAUGCAUAUUAUCACUAAGCGAUAUCAAGAAAAACUUACACAAAAGUUGGUGAAAUUUAUUAUUAAAGACUGCCAAUCUCUAAAUAUUUUAUGUUGUGGAGCUUUUCGUCAGUUUUUAAAUGAUAUGAAACCUGGAUUUAAAAUUCCCUGUGAAUUAAGUAUUAAAAAAAAGAUUAAUCAAGCUUAUGAUUGGAGUCACGAACAAUUAUUUGAUAUAGUUGUAAAUGGUGGGUUUGUCAACUUAAUGACAGAUUAUGGAGUUCGAGAACAAAUAAAGAAUCGUCAUUUAAUAGAACCACCUAUUACUACUAUUACUGCUGAAGAAUUAUAUGACCUGGUCAAAGCAGCAAGCUAUUUUUCUCUUAAAGAGUAUUGGGAUAUUCCUGAAAAAGCUGCACUUAUCGUGUCAUUUUUGGACCCACAAAUAAAAAAUCUAAAGUUUAUUAAUAAUGAAAGCAUACAACAAUCUAUAAUUAGCAUGGUACAAGAACUUUGUAAUAAGAAAGAGCAUCACUGCCUUUUAGCUGAAAAUACUACAAAAAAUUCUGAAUUAUCUAAUAUGAACUCUACAAUGACUAAUGAUUUGGUUUCAGAUUUGUAUAGUAUUGAAGAAUCAGACGAAAUUGAUGAAAAGUCUGAGGUCACUCAUUAUCUUCAUGAACCUAUACAAAAAAGACUAUGUGAUCCUUUGGCUUUAGCCUGA